AUGGGCUCCCCAAGACUUCUGGGCUCGCCCCUAUCUCCGCUCUCCCCAAAGAUGGGCAUGGGCAACCUCAAGCCGGCCAUCAGCCUCCGGAACCGCCUACCAACACAAAUCAGGCGCUGCCUGCCCUUGUAUCUGGCGUGCAUCUGCAUCAUCCUCCUCAUACUCAACGCCGACAUUGUCGGCAUCUCGGUGCCCGGGACCGGCGUGGGCGGACGCGGGAGGGGCCUCGCCAUCAGGAGAGAGGCCUACAAGGACUACCUCAGCAAGGGCAAGAAGCUCCAGGGGGCGGGAUCCGUGCCGGCCAAGUUCCCGCGCAAGAUAUGGCAGACGUGGAAGGUGGACCCCAUGUCGUUUGCGGAGCGGGACUCCCUCACCGCGAGGACGUGGACGGCGCGGAACCCAAACUUUCGCUACGAGGUGCUGACCGACGACAACGACAUGGGCUACGUCGAGUACCACUUUGGGCCGGACGGCUUCGACAGGCCCGACAUUGUCGAGUUUUACCGCAACGUCAACGCCACCAUCAUCAAGGCCGACCUGCUGAGGUAUAUUGUCAUGUACGCCGAGGGUGGCGUCUAUGCCGACAUCGACGUCGAGGCGCUCAAGCCGGUGCACCGCUUCAUCCCCGAGAGGUACAACGAGGAGGACAUCGACCUCGUGAUCGGCGUCGAGAUUGACCAGCCGCAGUUCCGAAGCCACCCCAUCCUCGGCUCCAAGAGCCAGUCCUUUUGCCAGUGGACCUUUAUGGCCAAGCCGCGCCUGACCGUCAUGCUCAACCUCAUCGAGAACAUCAUGAGCUGGCUCAAUGACGUCGCCGUCGAGCAGGGCGUCGGCGUCUCCGAGGUCCAGCUCGACUUUGACAAGGUCAUCUCGGGCACCGGACCGUCCGCCUUCACCAUCGCCGUGCUCGAGGACAUGAACAUGCGCAUGAAGCUCGAAGAGGCCGGCGGCCGCCUGGCCAAGAGGCCCUCAAAGUCGGGCAAGGAGAUCACGUGGGACGACUUUCACGACCUGGACGAGUCCAAGGUGGUCAGCCGCAUCCUGGUGCUCGACGUCGAGGCCUUUGCCGCCGGCCAGGGCCACUCCGACUCUGGCAACCACAACGCGAGGGGCGCCCUGGUCAAGCACCACUACCACGCCUCCAACUGGCCCAGCCGACACCCGCGCUUCAGCCACCCGGCCUACGGCGAGGUCGAGCGCUGCAACUGGGAUCCCGUCUGCGUCGCAAAGUGGGACAGGGACGUUGCCGAGUUCAAGAGCCUGUCGUCAGAAGAGCAGCAGCAGAGGAUAGCGUCGCGCCAGUUCUGA